GGGACUCAGAGUGAUUGAGGGAGGAAACAGCGCUUCUCUGUGUUUCAGCACCGCUGGAGUGGACAGCGCUCGCUUUGCACAGCUGUGGCUUCCUGCGUCCCAUCUCUGCUCUGCAUGGGCGUCACAGAAAGGGCAAAAUACGCAACAUUCAAACCAAUUAAUUGAGUCAAGAGAUCACCACCCUUAUUUUCCCUCCAUACCAUGAUCAUCCAUAUAACAUGAUGAAAUAGAAGGAAAAUCAACUAUAGUCCAAAGCCCUGGAUGUUUGUAUACUCCCUCAUCUCAGAAUCACUAUGGAAAAAUCCUUGGAGUUAAAUAAAGCUGGUUCCCGAUCAACAUCAUCACUGCCACCUGAACCAGUGGACAUCAUUCGCAGCAAGUCAUGCUACCGCAGAGUCCGGCUGAAUGUCGGGGGUCUCCCACAUGAGGUUUUGUGGCGAACUUUAGACAGGUUACCGCGAACACGUUUGGGAAAGUUACGAGAUUGCAAUUCCCAUGAAUCCUUGAUGGAGGUGUGUGAUGACUACAAUCUCGAGGAGAAUGAAUACUUCUUUGACCGCCAUCCUGGGGCAUUCACAUCAAUUCUGAACUUUUACCGCACCGGUAAGCUGCACAUGAUGGAGGAAAUGUGCGCCCUAUCAUUUAGUCAAGAACUUGAUUACUGGGGCAUUGAUGAGAUUUAUCUGGAGUCAUGUUGCCAGGCCAGGUACCACCAGAAAAAGGAACAAAUGAAUGAAGAACUCAAAAGGGAGGCUGACAAUUUAAAAGACAGAGAAGGAGAAGAAUUUGACAACACCUGCUGUGCGGACAAACGAAAGAAACUUUGGGAUCUCCUGGAAAAGCCCAGCUCAUCUGUUGCAGCAAAGAUCUUGGCCAUCAUCUCCAUCCUCUUCAUUGUCCUUUCCACCAUCGCCCUGUCUCUUAACACCCUUCCAGAGCUGCAAGGCACAGAUGAGUUUGGGCAGUCCACAGACAACCCGCAGCUGGCACAUGUGGAAGCUGUGUGUAUCGCCUGGUUUACCAUGGAAUACCUUCUUCGUUUCCUCUCCUCGCCCAAUAAAUGGAAGUUCUUUAAGGGUCCUCUAAAUGUCAUUGACCUGUUGGCCAUUUUGCCUUACUACGUCACCAUCUUUCUGACAGAAUCCAACAAGAGCGUGCUGCAAUUUCAGAAUGUCAGACGUGUGGUUCAGAUCUUCAGGAUUAUGCGUAUCCUGCGUAUUUUGAAGUUGGCUCGGCACUCCACGGGUCUUCAGUCUCUGGGCUUUACGCUUAGGAGGAGCUACAACGAGCUUGGCUUGUUAAUUCUUUUCCUUGCCAUGGGUAUCAUGAUUUUCUCCAGCCUGGUAUUUUUUGCUGAGAAGGAUGAGGAGGAUACAAAGUUUAAAAGCAUCCCAGCUUCUUUCUGGUGGGCUACUAUUACUAUGACAACUGUAGGUUAUGGAGAUAUAUACCCCAAAACUCUGUUGGGAAAAAUUGUGGGAGGCUUGUGCUGCAUUGCUGGUGUACUUGUGAUUGCUCUACCUAUACCCAUUAUUGUAAAUAACUUCUCUGAAUUCUACAAGGAGCAGAAGAGGCAAGAAAAAGCACUUAAAAGAAGAGAGGCCCUGGAGAGGGCAAAGCGAAAUGGUAGCAUUGUUUCUAUGAACUUGAAAGAGGCUUUUGCUCGUAGUGCAGAGCUAAUGGAUGUGGUGGUAGAGAAGAGUGAGAGGCCUCAUGACAACCACCUCUCUCCAAGUCGCUGGAAAUGGAACAGCAAAAGGGCUGUAUCAGAGACAAGCUCAAACCGGUCUUUCAACGCCCCGGAGUUAGGCUCUCCCUGCAAGGCCGGAGAUACCAGUCCCCAAAGGUUAAAUGUUCAGAAGCUGGAGGAGAUGUACAACCAGAUGGCAAAGACACAAUCACAGCCUAACCUCAAUGCUAAAGAAAGGGGCCUCAGAGGGGGCAAACAGAGGGACGAGAUUGAGCUUGGGGCCAUUCAGGAUCAUGGAGCGCCAGUCCUGGGAACCAGAGAAGUAGUGGGGGAUAUGAAAAGUUUGUCCAGCAUUGACAGCUACAUUAGUUGUGCAACAGACUUUCAGGAGAAUCCACGUUUCUCCUACAGUCCAGCUCCAGACCUUGGUCUUCGGGAAAGCAACCGCUUCACAUUCAGUCCAACAACAGUCUUAUCCCAUCACACGAGUACAAAAGGUGGCCAACAAACCAAUGGGCAGCGUGAGCCCAUCCUGACUCCUGUGUCAAAGUCCUCAUGCUCAGAGAGUGCAAAGAAAUUCUUGUUUUCUGGAAACUUCUCAAAAAGCCUUAAAGGAGGCUGCCAUAGCGAUAGGGAUUCAGGUCCAUCCCCACUUUCAGACAGUUCAAUUGUGUCAGAUCACUCUCUCUUAAGUCCUGAAACAUCUGUCUACACCACUGCCAGCAGCAGGACACCCCAAAAGUCUCCAGACAGCACUGCCAUGGCCCCUACUGUCUUCACCUUCCAUGACUCGUCCAUCAGUAAAUACAUUGAUGCUGAUACCGAUGAUGAUGAGCACCUCCGUGACAUAUCUGAGGCCAGUCCUUCAGAACGUCUUCUGGCAAGUACUAGCCCAAAACGCAGUAUUAGCAUAAAUUACCAGAGGGGAACCAACCAUUUAGAAGCAGCCCAGAAAAUGCUGGGCCAAAAUUGCCUCUUCCCCCCUGAUGGAAUUCGUGGGAUAGCUCACGAGAAUCACAUAGGACCUGAUAUGUCACGUAGACCAAAGGUUGAGCGGGGACGUCAAAAUACCAUGGAUAAAAGCCUAUGAGGUUCAAGUGAAGCAGAGACAAACAAGAAUCUUGGGACAAAGUGGUUGUGAUAGAGACAUGUGACAGGCUAAAUGACUCUUCAAGCCAGAGACCAAGUAAGAAGGAGAGACAGGGGGGUCUCACAAAUUACCUGAGCAUGCCAUCGGGGCACUAGCUCUGAACAUGUGAGGUGAAUACUCUGGGAGAAAAAAACAUGUCUAAAUAAGAGAUUGUCACUGCCCCUACUUUAACUCAUUCCUGUUAGCUGUAUUUUACAUCAACAAAACAAAAAACUAAAAAAAAAAACCCUCCCAAGUAGCCAACGGGCAAGGUCUGCAGAGAACUUGAGCUGUGGUUACAAUAGGACACAAUGGCGGUUUUGGCCAAAGGGGUUAUUAUCUAUAUUAUCCAGGGAAAAAAGUCCAUGUUCUCAUAUCGACUCCCAGUUCAAUUUUUAGUCUUGUACUUACACGAGGGAACCUAGAAGCCUAUAAGAUACUUACUUGUGCCCUCCAUUCCCAAAUCUGGCCUUAGUCAUUUGCAUUUGUAGAAGUGUUUGCAUAUACAGUAUGAGAGAAUGUGAAUAUCACUGAGUGAUUUACUGGUAAAUCCUGUUAUGACACUGUUGGGAUUGACCUGAUUUAUUUUUAUAUAGAUAAGAGAAAGUUCCUUAUAGAAAAGGAUGAGUUAGUCUGCUAUGUCAUAAUCAUAUGAGAUAUGUAUAAAGUUCAGUGUCUUGCCAUGAAGUCUUCAGUUAUCAUAGAUACCCAGAUCAUCCUCCAUCAUAUACUGGCUGCUCUCCCUCUCAUCCUGCUGUUGUUUAAGCUCACAAGUUACUUUAAAAGUUCUACCAAUGGAUGGUGUCUUAAUACCUCUGUAUAAUUUUAACAACGAUUGUGGCAUACCAAAAGUUUCCUUUGUGGGAUAAGUCACUUAUUUUGAUACUGCGAAAGGUACACAUUAAUGAUACCUGUAUCCAUCCAUUGAGGAAACACGUGAUGAGUUGCUUUUGUAUCAUAUUCAAAGAAGUAAUUAAAUGUGGGGGGAUUCUAAAAAUCUACAUUUUGUAUCUUCCUGAUAUGAAGUUCAGAGACGGUUUAGUGACAGUUCCUCAGCAUGCGUUGAUCUCCAUCUAAUGGAGAAGAAAAAAAGACAGUGAACAUGUAAUUUUAAAGUUUAAAAUACAAAAGUUCAUAAGACUAAAUUGUAUAAGCAGGGGAGUUCCACUUUAAUAUGUUUCUCUCAAUUAUUGAGCUAAACUUUAAUUGCAUGGAACAUCAACAAAAUUAAAUUUACCACUAAUUAGCUGCAGUUGCCAGAACUGAUAAAACUCAU